AUGAUUCUCUCUAAACCCCUAAUACGAAGAUCGCUCUCGACCUUCGCUUCUUCUCCUUCCGAUUCCCUUCUCGCCGACCAAGCCUUAACCAUCCUCAGACGCCAUCCUUACCACCUCCAAUCCCUCUCCGCAAAUUUCACUCCAGACGCAGCCUCCAGUCUCCUCCUCAAAUCUCAGAACGACCAGGAAUUGAUCCUCAAGUUCCUAAAUUGGGCGAAACCUCAUCAAUUCUUCACCCUCCGUUGCAAAUGCAUCACUCUCCACAUCCUCACCAGAUUCAAGCUCUACAAAACCGCUCAAACCCUCGCCGAGGACGUCGCCGCCAAAACCCCAGACGAAGACGACGCCUCUCUCGUCUUCCGAUCGCUUCAAGAGACUUACGAUCUCUGCAAUUCGACUUCCUCUGUCUUCGAUCUGGUGGUGAAAUCUUACUCCCGCGUAAAUCUGAUCGAUAAGGCUCUGAGUAUCAUCCAUUUAGCUCAAUCCCAUGGCUUCAUGCCUGGAGUUUUGUCUUACAACGCCGUCUUAGAUGCAACCAUCAGAUCCAGGAGAAACAUCACCUUCGCCGAGAGCGUCUUCAAAGAAAUGACGGAAUCUCAGGUCUCUCCGAACGUCUUCACUUACAAUAUCUUGAUUAGAGGGUUUUGCUUCGCUGGGAAUUUAGACGUUUCUCUGCAAUUCUUCGAUCUAAUGGAGAAGAAAGGUUGUUUGCCUAACGUUGUCACUUACAACACUUUGAUCGAUGGGUAUUGCAAGGUGCGUAGGAUCGAUGAUGGGAUUGAGCUUCUGAAAGCAAUGGCGUUGAAAGGCUUAGAGCCUAAUUUAAUCUCCUACAAUGUCGUUAUCAAUGGUUUAUGUAGAGAAGGGAGGAUGAAAGAGACGAGCUUUGUUCUUGAGGAGAUGAGCAAGAAAGGGUUUUGGCUUGAUGAAGUCACUUACAACACACUGAUCAAAGGGUAUUGUAAAGAAGGUAACUUUCACCAAGCUCUUGUGAUGCACGCUGAGAUGUUGAGGAAUGGAUUGUCUCCUAGUGUUAUCACUUAUACUUCGCUGAUACAUAGCAUGUGUAAAGCUGGGAAUAUGAAUAGAGCGGUGGAGUUUCUUGAUCAGAUGCGUGUGAGAGGUCUUACUCCGAACGAGCGUACUUACACUACUUUGGUUGAUGGGUUUUCUCAAAAGGGUUAUAUGAAUGAAGCGUAUAGGGUUAUGAGAGAGAUGGUUGAGAAAGGGUUUUCGCCUUCCGUUGUGACUUAUAAUGCUUUGAUUAAUGGACAUUGUGUUGAUGGGAACAUGGAAGGUGCGGUUGCGGUUCUUGAAGAUAUGAAGGAGAAAGGUCUGGCUCCGGAUGUGGUGAGUUACAGCACGGUGUUAUCUGGUUUUUGUAGAGGUUAUGAUGUUGAUGAAGCGGUUAGAGUCAAGAAGGAGAUGGUUGAGAAAGGGAUUAAACCUGAUACAAUCACUUACUCGUCGCUGAUUCAAGGGUUUUGCGAACAGAGGAGGACGAAGGAAGCUUGUGAUCUUUUCGAUGAAAUGCUUAGCGUUGGUCUUCCUCCUGAUGAGUUUACGUACACAGCGUUGAUCAAUGCUCAUUGCGUAGAAGGCGGUUUGGAGAAAGCGUUAAGCUUGCACAACGAGAUGGUCGAGAGAGGUUUGUUGCCUGACGUUGUCACUUACAGUGUGCUUAUCAACGGGCUUAACAAGCAAGCUCGAACGAGAGAAGCGAAGAGACUUCUUCUCAAGAUGUUCUACGAAGAGUCAGUCCCUAGCGAUGUCACGUAUCAGACUCUCAUAGAGAAUUGCAGUAACAUCGAGUUCAAGAGUGUGGUUUCUCUUAUUAAGGGGUUUUGUAUGAAAGGGAUGAUGCAAGAAGCAGAUCGGGUAUUCGAAUCCAUGCUUGAGAAGAACCAUAAACCGGAUGGAACAGCGUAUAACGUUAUGAUCCAUGGUCAUUGCAGAGGAGGAGAUGUUUGCAAAGCGUAUAGUCUGUAUAUAGAGAUGGUGAAAUCCGGAUUUCUUGUUCAUACUGUGACAGUUAUUGCUCUGGUUAAGGCGUUGCACAAGGAAGAUAUGGUUGGUGAGUUGAAUUGUGUUGUUGACAAUGUGUUGAGAAGCUGUGAGUUGAGUGAAGCAGAGCAAGCUAAAGUGCUUGUGGAGAUUAAUCAUAGAGAAGGGAAUUUGGAUGUGGUUCUUGAUGUUCUUGCUGAGAUGGCUAAAGAUGGAUUCCUUCCGAACAAUAGAAGUUAA